AUGCCUGCCCUCAAGAAUGUAUCGCAACUUCGUUCGUUCCAUGGCCUGAUCAGCUACUAUAGCGCCUUCCUACCAUCGCUGCAUGACGUACGGGCCCCGCUCAACCGUCUGUUGCAGAAGGAUGCUCUCUGGUACUGGUCCCCCGACUGUGAAAAGGCCUUCGCCCAGCUAAAGUCGAUGCUGUGUUCAGAUCUGCUGCUCACGCACUACGACCCGACGCUGCCGAUCGUUGUUGCUGCAGAUGCUUCCAACCACGGAGUUGGUGCCGUCACCUCAUAUACUUUUCCUGAUGGGUCUGAAAAGGCGAUCAUACAUGCAUCUCGCACGCUAACCCCUACGGAGAAGGACUACGGGAAAAUAGAGAAAGAGGCUCUAGCCCUCGUGUUUGCCGUUAAGAAAUUUCACAAACUGUUGUACGGUCGCCACUUCACGUUGUUGACGGAUCACAAACCAUUGCAGUCAAUCUUCGGUUUGAAGAAGGGCAUUCCCGUCUACUCAGCCAGCCGACUUCAGCGAUGGGCGACCAUCCUUCUUGGCUACGAUUUCGACAUUCGCUACUGUCGUACUACAGACUUUGGUAAGGCUGACGCCCUUUCUCGCCUCAUCAGCAAUCAGCAGGAACCGGAGGAAGAUACCGUGAUUGCCACUAUUUCGAUUGAGGACGAUGUGAACCGUCAGCUAUCAGACGCCAUACGACGUAUCCCUGUCACUGCCGCGGGCAUCCGACGUGCUACUGAACAGGAUCCUGUCCUCCGUCAGGCCAUCACCUACGUGCAGACCUGCUGA